AUGGAUAUUCAAAACCUUGUGAAUAAUGGAGGAUCUUCUUGUAGCAUCCUAAAUUUCAAACAACGGCUACCUCACCACUAUUCAAGUGAGAGAUAUUAUUUUAAUUCUCCAGAUACAUCAUUAUCUAUUACAAGACCUAAUUAUCCUUUACAAACAACUCUACAUAGAAAAGGUUCCAUUGAAUCUUUAUUGAAUUGUAAUAAACUGUUAAUGGAAGAAGAUAACAAAUUAAUGAAUACAAAUACUUCUUUUACAAAUUUAGUAGAUAGUUUAAAAUAUGAUGAUGAUGAAUGCUUAGAUAACUCUGAUUCAGGAGAUGAGUAUUAUAAUCCAAUUAAAUUUGAAUUCACUCCAAAGAUAUAUUCUUUCAUGUCUCCAAAUGAAACUGGUUCCUCACCGAUCGCCUAUAAAAAUCAUUCCAACCAAAGAAGAAAUAGUGGAAGUAGUAGUUGUGAUGAGUCAAACUAUCAAACCGAUGAUGAUGAUGAAGAUAAUCCAUCGAUACCAGUCAAAAGAAAGAGAGGAAGACCACCUUCAAAUCGUCAAAAGAUAUGUUUCAUUUGCUAUCGUAGAAACACACCAGAGUGGAGAAAGUUUCAAGGAGUCGACCUCUGUAAUGCUUGUGGAUUGAAACAAAGAGGAAAAGAGAAAAAGCUCUUAAAAUCAAAAGGAAAUCAACCAUCACCAAUUGAUAAUAGCAAUUCAUCACCACCUCUUUUCGUUUCAUCCAACCAUUCACAAACCAUUCUUUCUACUACCAAUAAUAAAAAUUUUUUAACAAUGUUACCUUUUAAUAAUUUAAAUUUAAGAAAAAAAAGUGAAUAUCUUGGUGGUAGAGGUAUAUUGGAUCUAUCGUUGUUACUCUUGAGAUAUAUAUUGUCUUACAAUGAAAUUGAUAAUAUCGAUAGUAUUUGCUUUAGUAUGACGUGUAGGAAACUAUUUAAUGAAAGAGAGCGCUAUCUUUGUAUAAAGAUUCCUCAGCCACCAGAAGAUAUGAAUCCAAUGUAUUCCUAUCAACGUUCUCUACCGUACAAGAGGGCACCUACCAAUCUAAGGUCCUAUCAAGGAGUUUACAGGAAAUCGAUCGAACACAUUCCCAAACAGAUGAUCAUUGCCUCGAGAAACAACAAUCCUAUCUACAGUAGUGGUAGUCCAGAGAGUAUUGUCUUCAUGGAGAAUGACAUCGUGAUACCAGAGAGUAUAAGGUAUCUCGUUGUAAUCAACGAUUCCCGUGAAUUCAAAUUUGAAUCGAUCAAGUCUGAACUCUACAAAAGCAAUGUUGCAUGUCUGUUUUGUAAUUUCAUCGAUCAAUCGCUUCCCUCUAAUCUGAUGCCGAGUACCCUAACGUUUUUAGAUUUAGGAUCUUCAUUUAACUUACCGAUUGAACCUUUUUCUCUUCCGAAAUCGCUUAAGCAUAUAAGAUUUGGUACACUGAUGAGUAAAUUCAAUCAGAGAAUUUCAGUGGGUGUGUUUCAAGAAGGUUUGGAGCAUAUUGUAUUGGGUGACAGUUUCAACCUACCGAUUGAACCCGGUGUUUUCCCUAAAUCUUUGAUAUCUUUACAGUUUGGAAUUAAAAAUCUACCUUUUCAAUUCGCUAGGUAUCUACCACCGAGUGUAACCGAUCUAAGUUUAUCGAUAAUGGAUCAGUCGAUUAUAGAUCCAUCCACUUUACAAGGUUCAAUACCACCAUCCAUCAAAAUAUUAACACUAUCACAAUUACCAUUUCCAAUUGAUAUGCCAUAUCUGAUACCUAGUGGUGUAACAAAUUUGAAUCUUGGUAAUGUUAGAGAUAUCGAUUUAAAGGUUCUAAAGUAUUGCAGUUCCAUCUUACAACUUUGUGUUGGAGGUUUCAACAAUAAACUAAAUCAAGGUGAUCUUCCAGAAACUCUUGAUGAGUUGAUACUUGGUUUUCCAUUCAACCGUAAGAUUGACGAAGGUGUCCUACCAUCUUCUUUAAAGAGGUUAGAGUUGGGUGAUGUUUAUUCCUAUGAAAUAGGACCUGGUAUAUUGCCUCAUUGCUUAGAGUAUUUAAAACUAGGCAAACUUUAUCAACACACCAUCACAAAAAACACAUUGCCAUCAACUCUACAUACAUUGAUCACCUACAGUUUCGAUGUUAUAGGUGUUGAAUCAGUGUCACAUCCACUCGAAUUGACAGUUCACCAAAAUAAUUUGGAUUACAACAAGAUUAAACAACUUCCAUCAUGUAUACAUACAAUCAAAUCAGGUUAUAAAAUUGUCAGAAGAAUAGAUAAACCUAAAAAUCAUUUUAUUUGUAAUUUUUAA